AUGUUACUCAAAUCAUAUGGUUUCAGCGAUGGAACUGACAGGAAAGCCCUGCUCGAGUUCAAGUCACAAGUUUCUGAAGACAAAAAAGUCGUCUUGUCCUCAUGGAAUCACUCAUACCCUCUCUGCAACUGGAAUGGAGUUACAUGUGGUCGCAAACACAAGCGAGUUACUCGUUUGGACCUUAAAGAUUUUCAGCUAGGCGGAGUGAUAUCACCAUCUAUUGGUAAUCUCUCGUUUCUCAUAUCAGUAAAUCUAUAUGAUAACUCUUUUGGUGGAACCAUCCCUCAAGAGAUGGGAAACCUGUUUAGGCUUAGACACCUGGAUAUGAGAUUAAAUUUUCUCCAAGGAAGGAUUCCAGCCAGUCUGUUUAACUGCUCUAGCUUGCUGGAGAUUAGUUUAAACAAAAAUCAUCUUAGAGAAGGUGUUCCUUCAGAACUGGGCUCUUUGAAGAAGCUUGUUGUUUUAAGUCUCGGUGACAACAACCUUGGAGGGAAUCUCCCUGCAUCUCUAGGAAACUUAACAUCACUAAGAUAUCUUGAUGUUGCAAGCAACAAUAUGGAAGGAGGAUUACCAGAUGGUAUGGCUACACUGACUCAGUUGGUGGGUCUUCAGUUAAUAAUGAACAACCUAUCAGGUGCUUUUCCUUCUGUUAUCUACAAUCUGUCCUCACUGGAGUAUCUAUACAUGUCUUUAAAUCAGUUCUCUGGUUCCCUCAGACCUGAUUUUGGUACUUUGCUACCAAACCUUCGACAUUUAAACAUGGGAGAUAACUAUUUCACAGGAGCCAUUCCAACAACACUUCCCAAUGUCUCAACCCUUGAGAAGCUAGGAAUCAAUAACAACAAUAUGACAGGGAAUAUUCCGGUGAGUUUUGGCAAAUUAAGGAAUCUGCAAUGGCUAUAUCUUCAUGGUAAUUCCUUGGGAAGUUACUCUGUUGGAGAUCUUGAAUUUCUUGAUGCUUUGACUAACUGUACCCAGAUGGAUUCAUUAUAUGUUGCUGAUAAUAGGCUUGGUGGUGACCUGCCUAAUUCCAUUGCCAACCUGUCCAAGAGCCUCAUCAAUUUAAGCCUUCAAAAUAAUCUCAUCUCUGGAAGCAUUCCUCAAGAUAUUGGCAAUCUCAUAAGCAUACAGAAACUUGGGUUAGGAGAUAACAUGUUGACUGGACCACUCCCAGCCUCUAUUGGUAAGCUUUCAGGAUUGAGGGUAUUAAGUCUCAGCGCCAAUAGAGUGUCAGGAGAGAUACCAUCUUCUAUUGGCAACAUCACUCGCUUAGAAAGCCUCAGUUUGUUCAACAACAGCUUUGAAGGAACCAUUCCUCCGGCUCUCAGUAAUUGCAUGUACCUCCUACAUUUGUCGAUUGGGUAUAAUAAGCUUAAUGGUACUAUACCUCCAGAAGUUACGCAACUUUCACCCCUUGUUACUCUGAGCAUGGAAGGUAAUUUCUUAUCAGGCUCUUUGCCAAAAGAUGUUGGACGACUAGAAAAUCUCAUUAAGCUAUCUCUUGAGCAUAAUGAUUUGUCAGGCAAACUCCCACCAGGUUUGGGGAAUUGUCUCUCCAUGGAAGAAAUGUAUCUACAAGGGAAUUCUUUUGAUGGAGAUAUUCCGGAUUUAAAAGGGUUGGUGGGUGUUAGAAGAGUUGAUAUGUCCAACAAUAAACUCUCUGGAAGUAUACCUGGAUAUUUUGCAAACUUUUCCAAGUUGGAGUAUCUCAAUUUAUCCAUCAACAAUCUAGAGGGAAGGGUGCCAACAGACGGAAAAUUCAAGAAUGCUACUAUAGUUUCAGUAUUUGGAAACAAGAAUCUUUGUGGAGGCAUCAAGGAAGUGAAACUAAAGCCAUGCUUAGCACAAGCACCAAAAAUGAGAAGAAAGCAUCCCUUUCUCUCAAGGAAAGUUGUGAUCGGGGUCAGCACAUGCCUAGCUUUGCUUUUGCUGUUGUUCAUAGCUUCGGUUUCUCUGAUUUGGUUAAGAAAAAGAAAGAAGACCCAGCAGGCCAAUAACUCAACUCCUAUGUUUGAUGUCUUCCAUGAGAAGGUAAGUUAUGGAGAUCUUCAAAAUGCAACAGAUGGCUUCUCUUCGAAAAAUGUGAUUGGAUCAGGCAGCUUUGGUACCGUUUUUAAAGCAUUGCUUCCGACGGAGGAAAAAGUUGUUGCAGUGAAAGUUCUAAACCUGCAGAGGCAUGGAGCAAUGAAGAGCUUUGUGGCAGAAUGUGAAUCGUUGAAGGACAUAAGGCAUCGUAAUCUUGUGAAACUGUUGACGGCUUGCUCGAGUAUUGAUUUCCAAGGAAAUGAGUUCAGAGCUCUUAUCUAUGAGUUCAUGCCAAAUGGGAGCUUGGAUAUGUGGCUGCACCCGGAAGAAGUGGAAGAGACUCGUAGGCCUUCAAGAACCUUGACACUUCUUGAAAGGCUUAACAUUGCCAUAGACGUGGCUACUGUUUUGGACUAUCUUCAUGUUCAGUGUCAUGAACCUAUAGCUCACUGUGAUCUUAAGCCAAGCAACGUCCUCCUAGAUGAUGAUUUAACUGCCCAUGUUAGCGAUUUUGGUCUGGCUAAACUUCUCCUCAAAUUUGACAGAGAGUCUUUUCUCAACCAACUCAGCUCCGCUGGCGUAAGAGGAACUAUCGGCUAUGCCGCACCAGAAUAUGGAAUGGGAGGUCAGCCAUCAAUAGAAGGUGAUGUGUAUAGCUUUGGAGUUCUCAUUUUGGAAAUGUUCACUCGGAAAAGACCAACCAAUGAGUUAUUUGGGGGAAACUGUACCCUACACAGCUACAGCAAAGCAGCGUUGCCAGAUCAAGUGUUGGACAUUGCAGACAAAUCCAUUCUUCAAAUUGGUGUCAGAGUCGGUUUUCCUAUUUCUGAGUGCUUGAAUCUGAUUUUGGAUGUGGGACUUAGGUGUUGUGAAGAAUCUCCGAUGAAGCGGUUGGCAACGAGUGAAGCCACGAAGGAGUUAAUCUCAAUCAGAGAGAGGUUUUUCAAAGGCAGAAGAACAACCAAAAGUUGA